AUCUCUCUUCCUUUACUCACAAGCCCAAGGCUCGAACCUUGAAACCCCUCCUCUUAGCAAAAAGAAAAAAACUCCCCUCCACCCAUCCCCAAAUUAGAGAUCGUUCUCAGGAGGAAGAAUGGGUUCCGUUUCUCGCUCCUCUCUGGAUCAGAAGCUGGCCAUGGCAAAGCGCUGCUCCCACGAGGGAGUUGUCGCGGGAGCCAAGGCGGCCAUGGUUGCAACCGUUGCCUCGGCCAUUCCCACUUUGGCUAGCGUGAGGAUGAUCCCAUGGGCGAGGUCCUUCCUUAAUCCCGCAGCUCAGGCCCUCAUCGUUUCAUCAGCGGCGGGGGCGGCAUACUUCAUAGUUGCGGACAAGACGGUGCUGGCUGCAGCGAGGAAGAACUCGUUCAGGGACGCUUACCAGGCUUGAGAGUCCCGCAUUAUAUCUAGCCGUCUGCUCGUAGAAGUUGAUGCAGAUAUCCGUCUUCUCUUUGUAAAAAGUGCAAGCUAUUAGUGAAUAAAUGGAGGUUUGAGAUUGAAAUUC